UUGCAAUGAUCUCGCUGGACUUUAACUUCAACAUUUUGACGAGGGACCUGUCACACUAUUUGGAAAACCAAGUGAAAGUUGGACUGUUCGGUUCGGGAGUGGGGCUGUCUCUGGUGCUGGGCUUUAGCGCAGCUUACACCUGCUAUUAUUUGAUUUCUGUCGCCAAGAAACCUCAGCUUGUAUCUGGAGGUAAGAAGUUCUACCACUUUCUAAAGGAGCAAUGUCCAGUGGUGUCAGAGACCUACUACCCCACCUUCUGGUGCUGGGAGAGCCGCAUCCAGACCCUGCUGAGGCCCUUUGUCACCGCCAAACCUGGAGUCGUCUAUAGAAAUGAGCUUAUUAAGGCAGCAGAUGGAGGACAGAUAUCUGUGGAUUGGUUUGACAACGAUGACAGCCUUGCUUUUCCCGACCCUGCCACCCGGCCCACAGUCCUCCUCCUCCCCGGUCUGACCGGCACCAGCCGAGAGUCCUACAUCCUGCACAUGGUCCAACAGAGCCGGGAUCUGGGCUAUAGAUGUGUCGUGUUCAACAACAGAGGGGUUUCUGGUGAAACUCUACUGACCCCGAGGACUUACUGCGCAGCCAACACAGAAGACCUGGAGACUGUUAUUGAGCACAUCCAGAAAGCCUGUGGAGCUGCUCCAGUCAUGGCUGCUGGCGUGUCCAUGGGAGGGAUGAUGCUGGCCAACUACUUGGGCCGUAAGGGCCGGGAAACCUGUCUAAAAGGGGUCAUAGUCUUCUCAGCAGGCUGGGAUGUCUUUGAGUGCUCCGCAUCGCUGGAAAAACCUCUGGACCGUUUUCUUUUCAACUCCUACCUCACCAGCUGCCUACAAGCCUCUGUGCACAGACACAGGCCGGUGCUCGAACAGUGUUAUGACAUUGAUCAUGUCAUGAAGGCAAAGACCAUCCGAGAGUUUGAUGAAAGGUUCACCUCCAUAAUGUUCGGUUAUCCCACGAACGAUGACUAUUACCGGGACGCUAGUCCUGUUCACAAGCUGGAGUCUGUGCAGGUGCCAAUGCUGUGUCUGAACGCUGCUGAUGACGUCUUUUCUCCUUCUCACGCCAUUCCGGUGGAGGCAGUGAAGCAGAAUCCUCACCUGGCCUUGCUUAUUACCUGUCACGGUGGUCACAUUGGUUUCCUGGAGGGCCUGUGGCCACGACAGAGCACUUACAUGGACCGAGUCUUCAAGCAGUACGCAAAGGCAGUCAUUGAACAAGGCGGUGGACUCAAUGACCUCUCUUUAUAAUAGAACUUCACAAAGUGUUCCUUUAUUAUUC